AUGGCGGCUUCUUCAGAGAAAACCGCGCCAUUAAAUAAUAGGCAGGGCGGAGGGAACAAUGAAAUUGUUGAGGUUUUUUCAAUACCCAUUUCAACGAAGAAGCGCAAGAGAGGAGAGGAGUCGAAAAAUGAGAGGCAUACAAGUAGCAAAGGCAAGGAGAAACAAGAAAAACCUACACCCGCCUCCGCUGCAAAGAAAGUCAGAUUCCAGGAGGAGGUAACAACUGAGACCAAAGAAAUUGAUGAAAGGGAAAACAGCAUUUUGAAAAGGAGAAAAGAGAGCAGUCUGGUGGAGAAUGAUAAAAAAAAAGAUGAAGGGAAAGAAAAACACUCAAGUGUUGAGGUGCUGGAUCACAUUCACACCAAGAAUAUGAUUGAGGGGUGUGUGAAAUCUAUGAUAAGUGAAGCAAAACAAGAAUUUGGGAAAGAGAACAAGAGUAUUAUGGAUGCCUUUCAAAAUAAGGCGAGACAAGGAAAUGAGAAGCAAGCGCAAAGGGUCAGCCUCUUACAAGCACAGGGCUGA